UACUGUACCACGUUUCAAAGGCUUUCGAUUCGGCGUGUUUAUGAUGACCGCGUUUCAUGCAUGAGGACAGCACGCAGCACGUUCCUCGGGCGAUUCAUAAAAUCAGCCCACUUGCGUGCUGUCCGGCCGCAGCAUCCGCGGCGCGAGAGGAGGAGCGGCCACCGCUUGGAGUGAUGAUGGUCGUCCGGUGGCUGUGGAUCUGCGUGCCCCGGGUGGGGAAACGAGGGGGCCGCUCCGGAUUGUUAUCGUGUCUCUGCGCGGCGGCCGUGAUCGCUGCCUUUUUCGCCUUGAUGUUUGUGGACGUCCUCGAGUACUGGAUCACGUCCUUGCAAAUGAACGCCGCCGCGCCGAUGCCCCACACCGGCCUCUUACCCGCGCUCAACGUCCCUCCCACCAGACCCGAGGAGUUCCUCCUCAUGCCGAGUCCGCUGGUGUGCCAGCGUGCCAAGCCUUACCUCAUCACCAUGGUUACCUCUGCCCCUGCUCACCAUAGGGCGCGCCAGGCCAUCAGGGACACAUGGGCCGGAGAAAACAUCGUGAUGGGCCUGAGGGUCAUGACCCUAUUCAUGCUCGGUGUGCCCUCGGACCCGGGACUGGCUAAGAUGCUCAUCGAGGAGGCCAGGCAACAUGGGGACCUGGUUCAGGGGCGUUACCUGGACUCGUACUCCAACCUGACCCUGAAGACUUUAGCCCUGCAGAACUGGGUGCGCCGCUUCUGCCCCCAGGCUCACUUUGUGGCCAAAGUGGACGACGACGUUCUGUUCAAUCCCAGCGCACUCCUGCAUCUGCUGAACAGGAGCCACAGCCCGUACGAACAAGCCGACUUGUAUCUAGGCAGAGUCCAUCUCCGCGUCGCUCCGGACCGGGACCCUCACAGUAAGCACUACGUCUCGAAGGAAGCCUACCCGCCCUCUGUUUUUCCAGACUAUUGCAGCGGAACCGCUUAUGUUCUAUCCCGCUCGGCGCUGCUCAAAAUCUCCUCGGCUGCCUCCACGUCGCCUCUGUCCACGGUUCAACCCCCCGAAGAUGUAUUUGUGGGUAUAUGCGCCCGAGCCGCCGGCGUAAUACCCACGCACUCGCCCCUCUUCUCCGGUGGACCGGCGGUUCCGUACGGACGCUGCUGCUAUCAAGCCAUGGUUUCGGUGCACCACAUGGCACCGCAGGAUAUGCUACGCUACUGGGCUGAUAUGCAAGCGUCGGGACCGUGCCUCUGGUUGAGCACGCGGGCGUCGCUGUCGAUGUGCAAAGUCGGAGCCUUGCUGGGCUCAGCGCUCGGCUUGGGGAAGGAGGCAUGACUCAAUUCUGGACUCCAAAAAAAGGACUUUUGUGUAGCCUUUUUGUGCAUUGGACUAUUUGCAAGAAAGGGACACUUGAGGAAAUUGAGAUUUGAGCAUUAGCACAAAAUACUCGUCUUACUUGUUCGUCAACCUUUGUGAGCCAAGGGACAUUUUUUAGUUGAGGAAAUACAUUUUUGAGCCUGUAUGAAUGUAAAGCAUAGGACACAGGUUAUUUGUAGCUUUUGCCAUUUGGUAGCCACUAAGAUAAAAAAAAAAAAAAACACUCCAGUAUUUGCAAACUUAUAGGCCUUUACUUUUGUAGCUUUUUUUUUUUUUACUGCAUUUUUGGAGUAUUUGUCUGACGGCAUUAGUAGACAAUAGAAGCAAAAUAUUUGUUGGGAAAUCAAACAUCGUCAAAUGUGUUUUUCUCAUCAAACGGAAUGGAAAGCUCGGCUAUCGAGAUAUUAUCGGCUACGACGAAUCGAAUCCGGCAACACGUGCUACAUCCCUCGCCGGCCGGCAUUUGUGGUGAGAGCAAACAUUGACUGAGGGUUGUGCCAAUGAAGCCAUAUUAGCAAAUCUACAUUUCAAACUCAGCAUCUCUUGCUCCACUUAAAACUCCCCAAUUCAAUCGUUACCCCAACAAAGAACAAAAUGUGUUUUGACGCUCUGCACCUUUUUUUUUUUAUAUGAACGGAUCAUGAACAGAAUCAUUCAAUAAAAGAAUCAAAACCUUUCUACAA